CCGUGUGUCGUGAUUACAGGCGGAUUGCCCGCCAAUUCCCCUUACUGGGCGGCAAGCCCUGGGGUUUGCCGCACCCUUUGUUUCAGUGCUACCAGGCUUCCAUUCGACCUUCUCAGAAACGCUCGAGCCCCCUCAUAAGUGGGGCCUCCAGAGAGGGUACCUUCUGUUUGUCCCCCCUCACUUACCUGGACCCCCGCACGCAGCUAUUGUUCUGGACGUUAUCUUCCUGUCCUAAGACCUUUCUCAUCAACGACCGCAUUUACAUCCCAUAAAGGCUCGUACCCAAUCUCUUUGUCCUUGCGAUUGCCUUUUCCACUUUGCACGCUCUCCACAAUCUCGCCUUUGGCGCCAGCAUUGCACAAUGGAUCCUCGCUUUCUGAGCACGAGCGUGAGCUUCCACGGCGACGCCAGUGCUGAGCGCAGCCUCCGGACUUCAUCGUCCAACGACGACUUCUAUAGGAACCGACAGACGACAGUCGACCACCUGGCUCAUAGCAGCCCAGCAAGCAGCUCCUGCGCAGCAUCGGAAGGCUGUCUCCCUCCUCGCAAGCCCCGAGGCAAAGGCAAGGGCACCUCGCACUCUCGAAAGAAGGACGAGCAUCACAUCCCUCGACCUCGCAACGCCUUUAUCCUCUUCCGAUGUCAUGUCGUAGCCAACAACCUCGUGCCCGAAGAGCUGGAACGAGACCAUCGGAACAUCUCCCGCAUCAUCUCGCACAUGUGGAACAGUCUUUCCGAGUCGGAUCGCGGCAUCUGGGCGGCGGAGGCGCAAAAGGAAAAGGAAGCGCACGCGAAACUCUACCCGGACUACAAGUACCAGCCAGUCUACCGCAAACCCGUCUCGGCAAAGCGCAACGUUGUCCGCCCGGAAGGCGUCGAGGAGCAAUGCGAGAGGGCGGCCGACUUGAUCAUGAAGAUGUGCGGAGAUGGAGGCAUCGCUCGCGAUGGCGACAAGGGCCCUAUCAGUCAAUCGCAGAAGAAGAAGGAGCAAGGCAGGCUUCGUGCCCAGGCCAAGGCUGCAGCCCGCAGCGCUCAGAGUGGCCGACCGAGGCCGACCCGUACCGAAAGCUAUAGCACCACCUCUGAUUUUUCCAGCAGCUACGACGACGGCGACGAUUUUGACAGCGAAGCCGAACGCGGAAACAAAGGCAAGGCCUUCACACGUGCUCCAGUCUUCGCAUCCGUUGCCGGUGAUCUCGCCACCAGCGUCGAACCUCACUUCUUUGUGCAACCGUCUCAGUAUGACCAGCAACUGUCAGCGGUGGACCCGUAUCAGCGCGAGCCUCUUGGCCCCAGCCUUGCCAAUGCUGGCGUUUACGAUUUGGCCCACGCUCAGCAUGUUGCGCAGCAAGGCGCCCGCGCCGCGUUGUGGGAGAGCCAUGUCGGACGGACUGGACAGAUCAUGGGCAACGCAGAGGGACCUCGCCACCCCAACGCCGAGAACUGGGAGAGUCAAGCAAGAUCGGGCUUUCUGAGCGACCAGUACGUCGCGCCGGGUGUGCAGAUUGGCGGUCUUGCCCAGCGUCAAGCCAACUCGACCACACGAAAAGCCCCGCCGCCGCCGCUGUUCCAUUCCAACUCGACGCCGCUAUUGCACGCUGCCUACGCUGAGGCUACAACCUCACGGAACGACUUUCGUUCGGACCUCUGGGACGCAGGUCUCGCCCACAAUCUCUCCUCCCUUGGUGCAAGACCAAAGUCAAUUGAUGUCCCUACUCCUCGUGCUGUCACAUUCGCCGCUUCGCAAGGAUUUGCUCCUCAACUUGCCAACGACGUCGCCCUCAUCAGCCCUCUCAAAGGCGGUUUCCGAAGAAGCAGUGCACAGUGGCAGCAUUGGAACUCAGCGGCGACCAAUGAUCCAACAGAUAGCCAGAGCUACUCACAUCGACAUCAUGCGAAACGUCCCAGCUAUGCGGGCGUUCCAACACCGAUGCAGGCCCGCCCCCCGCCUCUCGCCGAGGUCUACAAUGACCCCAUUCCGGAGAUGGGACAUGAAAGCACCAAUGGCGAGCGCCAUUUCGAUCAAGCUGCCGAAGAGGUUGCUUCUUCUUUUCCUAUUGAUGGCACUAGUGUUCGGGUGCAGGACGCCGAUGGACAGACUUUCGAUCUAGGACAAGCCAAUUGUGGCUACGGUAUUACGAUCGGUAGCGACGAUGGGGUAUUCCACUUUACGCCCGACUUCCUUACCAGUGCUCAGCAUGACCUCGGCCACGUCGGCUCUCCUACUUCCGCUCUUCAAGUUCCGACAUAUGAAGGAACAAGUGUAGCUGACACACAAGAAGUCCUGUCAACGCCGUCUCCGAUGUCCAGCAAUGGUCAGCAUCGUGUUCCGGGACUGCACCACAGGCACUCUUCCCAUGACCGGCCCUCUUCAUCCGGUUCCACUGGUAGUUUGAGCAGCCUGAGCAGCUCUGGGAACACAAGAUUCGUGCCAAUUACUUCGCCCUCUACAGCUCGGGCUUCUUCAUUUGCUCACGAUGACAUCGCCCGCCAAGUUGGCCAGCGCAUUCUCGGUCGAUGGUCUCGUGCGUCGGGUCCUCCGGAGCUACAAGGCAUGCAUUCUACCCUCGACGCAGCCAGCAGCAUGAGCGGCCAGUACAAUGAAGACUACGAUGCCAUCGAGACUCUCAUCGACGCGGACACUGCCGCAACCAGAAAGGACAGCGUAUCUUCUCGCUACCCUCGCUCCAUUCCCUUUGGCAGUGCGCCCUCGGUAUUGUCCUCGCAGCUAGAGAAUCUCUCACCUCGCCGAUACGCUACCACGACCAGCACUCCUUCGCCGCAAACGACAUGGGACAUGUACGGAGGUGACACAGUAGGUCAGCCAGUGUCUAUCAGUACUCUCGACGGCGCAUUCGUAGCCAUGUUGCAACAACAAAGUCCCGUCGCCACAAACGAUGGCGGUGUGUCACCAAGUCAGAGUCUGCACUCGUACAAUGGUGAAAAGCAGACAGGUCAUGUUCAGUUGCAAAUGAACCCUGCAGGCAGUGAUGGCGUUGGCGAGCUCUUCAGCCCCAGCCUCCUGCGCUCUUCCCCUUUGAACAAGGCAUACAGCACCACGCCCGACUACUCUCCUUCCAAUCUAGGUGGAAGCACGUUCCAGCAACAGCAACAGACGCAGCUACAACAAGAACAGCAGCAGCAGCAGCAGCAGCAACUCACAAUGAGUCCUUCCCACCUCCAGAACUACUCUGGAGUGCAGAACAAUGUCCCUAUCCAGGGCGUUUAUCAUAAUUAUGCACCAAUCUACCAGCAUUAGGGGUCUCAUCCGCUGGCCGGCGACCUGAUUCUCCUGGUCUCGCCAUGUAUUGCCCCACCAUU